UUGCUCGUCGAUUAUGUAGCCCGAUGGACUGUUUUAUAAUUUCAUUUAUGACUAAAACAAAGUAUUUAGUAUGUUGGUGAACGGGGAAAAUAUCAUCCAGCGAUGUCCAGUGAUCGGUAGCUUCGAGGAAACAGGAUGGAAUGUGCAGUGUCCGAUGUCGAAUCAGUGGUCGAGGCAACCAGUGGACAAUCAGUGCAAUUAUGAUAUUUACAAUAGCUUCAGUGAUUUAUCAGUGCAAUGCUACGACAGGAACUACUACCGAGACAGUGUCCCUCAACAGUACUAUCCACAAAGAGUGGUGUACACCCAGCCACCGAGUUUUCAAGCAGACUUGCCGUGCCGCCAAAGACAGGAAUGGGACUACAAUAGCACGUGCUACAAUGUAGACGGUCAACCGUGCCAAUACACGAAUGUCGUCGACUUAGAAGACUUCAUGAACAAUGAGAAACGCAAAGAGAAAUCUCGCGUUGCGGCUCGCUGUCGGCGGACCAAGGAGAUGCAGAUCUUCGCUGAACUAACAGCUGCGUUGCCGGCGAAGAAGGAAGAGGUAGAGCAGCUCGACAAGGCUUCGGUGAUGCGCCUUGCUAUCUCAUACCUUCGAGUUCGCGAUGUCGUCUCUAUGCUUCCCGAAGACAAAGAGGCUCCAACACUGCAAAGUCCAAAAGGUCUAGAAGAAGUACAAUCCGAGCUCUCCUAUAUGAAGGCGUUGGAUGGCUUCGUACUAGUUUUAUCACAGCAAGGCGACAUUGUUUACUGCAGUGACAAUAUUGCGGAACAUCUUGGCGUCUCUCAGAUGGAGAUCAUGGGCCAAAGCGUUUUCGAGUUCAGCCACCCAUGCGACCACGAUGAGAUCCGUGAAGCAUUACGUGCGGGCCACGACGGGAAGCGGGACUUGCUCCUACGCCUCAAGUGCACUCUCACCAGCAAGGGGAGAAAUGUACACCUGAAGUCUGCUUCCUAUAAGGUCAUUCACGUCACCGGCCACAUGCUAACUUCGUCCGAAGAGAAAACGAAGGAACAAGAGCGUAGUACUGAUUCAGAGGAUGAAAAGAAGGGAAAUGAGAUGAAGAAAUACACCAAGUCCGGCGCCCUUGUGGCGGUCGGUCGUCCGAUACCUCAUCCUUCUAAUAUCGAAGUACCACUCAACAGCAUGACCUUCUUAACAAAGCACAGCUUGGAUAUGAAGUUUACUGACACUGAUGAGUGCUUAAUGAACACGCUGGGCUACGAUACGGAAGAAUUGGUAGGUCGUUCCUUAUACGACUACCACCACGCAGCCGACAGCGCGGCUUUGGCUCAGCAGUUCAAAUCAUUGUUCUCGAAGGGACAAUGCGAGACAAGCCAAUAUCGUUUCCUCGCCAAAUCUGGUGGUUUCGCCUGGGUCCAGACACAGGCCACUGUGAUCACCGAUAAACAACAGAAGCCGAUCAGCGUGAUUUGCAUCAAUUACGUCAUCAGCGGUAUCGAGUGCAAAGAUGAGGUGUUUGCUGCACACCAGGUGCAGCAUGCAGACUUGAAGCCGGUGGUGGCUCCGACACUGCCAGCACCAGCUCCGCAACAAAUCUGUGUUCCCACUGAACCCGCUAACGGAGCGAUAGUGGCCGCUAUUCUCCCAGAAGAGGAGAGACCUAUACCCGUUACAGAACUUAUAUUUGCACCAAGAAAGAAAGAAAUGAACAAAGGAUUUCUCAUGUUCUCUCAAGAGGAGGGACUUACAAGUGAGUGGCACUUGAACAGCAAAAGCUUAGUGCUUAAAGACGAGCCGGAAGAUCUGACUCAUUUGGCACCCACAGCUGGUGAUGCUUGUAUUCCUUUGGAGAAUAGUCCUUUUGAUAUGUUUGACGAGUUCAUAUUGAGCGACAACUACUGCAGUUUACUCGGCGAUGAUUUGGCUAAUGGAUCACCCGUAGACUCUCUAAUCGGUGACUCUUUACUGUCUUCACCUGAACCGCAGGAAAAUGAAUCUUCUUGUGAACAGUCGUCACUUCUGACGGAACUGUCAUUGGAUGCUUUCGAUAACAAUAGAUCAGACAAUGACAUCGAUGAUGGACAUUCGCCAUUUAUACCCACAACUGACGAGCUUCCGCUCCUGGCGCCAGCUGUCAUGUGGGGCGCUCUACCCGAUAACGUUAGCCAAGCGAGACCACAGCCGUCGGAGGCUCAGACUUCGGCACCAGCUCUACAACGUCUACUCGCCGCUCCACCUACGGGCCCACAACCGCAAGAUCUCAUUACAAACAUUUAUUCAGACCAAGGUCUAAUUCCAAGCAAAAGCAUAUCAACGUGGGAUACGGGUGUAAAACGAGUUCUAAAGCAGGAAGAGGAGCCCACUGCUAAACGCGUGAAGCGCAGUCCCUCCCCAGCACCUGCUGCGAGGUCGCCGUCCUCAAGCGUCCUCAUGAACCUCCUGGACAUACAUCCGCAGGCAAAGCAGAUAAAUCAACAGCCACCAAACUAUCACCUCAUUAUGAAUUCCCAAAAAGUACCACAACAGAAUUCCGUCAAUAGAAAUAUUCCUAUUCCCGUCAUUAACAUCAUACAAUCGACGCCAAUGACCAAUGGCCAAAUUAUACGUUCAAAUAUGAGUCCAAUGUCACCCUUGACUUUGAACGUAGGGAGCCCCAUGUAUUCUUUACCCUCCAGCCCAAACACUCCGAGCUAUAGUCCCGCAAUCAGCCCAGCUCCAAAAGACCGUAUCCUGAGUCCUUAUUCCACUCCCCAAUCUCUUUCGCCGACCGGAAGUUACCAAAUGUACAGUCCUAACAACAGACUUCUGUCACCCACCGGUGUGAUGCAAGGCUACGACCCUUACCUCACGACCAAGAUGCAGUCGAGUCCCGGAUUCAUGCUUCAGUCCAACGAAAUGCUGCUGGACUCCAACGUACCCCUGACAACGACGGACUUCUGGCCUGACUCUGAAAUAUUGCAGAGCACGAGCGAGCUGUUGACCGCCUUCGAUGAUGUAAAACUAGUUUAAGAGUAUAUUGAAAGAUUGUUUGCAUGAGUGAUUUCUUCUUUCCGUUGGAAGAUUGUGGGAGUAUUAAAUAUUGUCGUUGAAAGCGUUUCAAUAUAUGUCCCGUAAAAAUUCUCAGUAAAGGUCUAAAGGUCCAUAUUAUUCGCAACUUCACACAAACAUUCCAAUAGAAGUGGUGUUUGAAAUAUAUUACGUAGUUGAGAUAUUUCUCUCCCUUAGAAAUCACUCGAAUGAAUGCAGGGUCGAAAAUAAUCGUAAUCCAAAAGGAUUCCACACUAUUUCUCAUAGUUACCUUAUAGCCAUCGUGUUUAAUAAGCACGAUGCUGAUGACAUUUAGUACGAAAUAGCCAAUGUUGAAUUUUUUGAUGAAUUUUAUAGAUUUAUAUUAGUGAAUAUUUAAGCAUAUAUUAUAAUGAUUUCAUGAUUUAAAGCGGAAUCCUCGGUGAUACAAAGAUGUGACUUAGCGUGAGAAACGGUUUUUACAUUAUAUUUAACUAUACAAUAAAUGUUAUCAUAUGGAUUAUGAAUAAGAAUGGGUGUAACUUAAGUGUAAGUGACUACAAUCACGGCUAAUGAGAGUUUCAUAUUUAGGCCCAACUGGUUUCAUCAUUUAAACAUAGAUUUAUUUUAGUCUCUAUCGAAAAUUUGUUAACACUUUAUUUUCUUCUCGUCGUAUUGUAUUCUUCCAUUAGUAUGAUUUAAUACUUUAUAAAAUAAAGCAAAAUUAUAGUGUUAAUUUCGUCGGGAGGACACUCUCGGUUAUUAAAAUUGUUAAUGAUUAUAUCGAUUCUGAACUUUUAAUUAGACAUAGUUUAAUUUUUAUUUUAUGAUCAAAAUUUAUAUACUCAGCUAGGAAGUAAGAAUACGAAUAAAUUUCGUAAUCAAAAUCAUCAUAAUACCCGGGCGCUGUCAACACAGCAUUGCUAUUCUGUAAGAAUUCACUUCGUUUCUCACUCGUGAAAUGUUGACAAGCAACUUACAACGGUACGCCAUUUUGACACGUGAAUUCUAUAAAUUUUAUAAUUAUUAUAGUCAACGCUGCCACAUUCUGACUUUUCACGCUCGUGAGUUUCGAGUUUCUUCUUACAGAAUGCCUCUAUAGUUGUAAAGAUCAAAAUUGGCAUUAAUCAAUUUGAAGGUACUCAUACCUUUAACUAUCAAUUAUACAAUCCAGACAAUUAUCGGCUUUACCUAUGUCUCUUCUUUGCAACGGUGAUUAGUUAAACAAUGUUUCUGUCUUUUUCUUAGAAAUGUCAAAACACUGACGAAGGAAAGAAAUAAAUAACAGUUUAAUUAUACACCUUCUAAAUAAGUUUUAUAAGUAAUGCCGUAUAUUAAAUGCGUAAAACAUUUUUCUUGUGCGACUUAUAUCCAACGAUAUAUUUUUUGUACACUCGAAUAAAUUUUAUUUAUUCUACGUAACAUUUUGUUAAAUAGUUGUAGUUUUAUGUAGCAAUCGAUGAAAAAAAAUACUUUAAAACAUCGUAAAAUUGCAAGUACAAUUAUCAACGUCACACAAAAAUAAUUAUCUUCAUAAAAUGCAAUCGUUAAUUUAAAAUCUCGUUAGGUUAAAUGCCUACGCGUAAUUUUAAGUUUGUUUUAGUUAGUUUAAAUGAACUUUUUAAUAAAAGAGAGUAAAUGUAGUCUUAUUAAAGUUGACAAUAACGGUGGCUUCUUUUUUUUGAAUUUGGAAUAACCGAAAAUUGCCGCCAAAACCAUUGAUUAUAUGGCUAGACGUAUGUUUGUUUCUUUUAGCUUAUACUACUGUAUUAUUAUAUAAUAUUUACCGUACUGCCAAUAAUCUAUCAUAAUAUUACGUUAAAGUUAUCCGAGUCUUGUAUGAACGUCGCUGUGCCAUACACAAUUGCAUGUCUAUAUUUCAUCUUAUGUAUGCCGAUAAUUAUCAACGAUUAUAUAAAUAUACAUACAUAUGUAUACAUAUUACUUAUUUGAAAAUGCGAAUUGUAAAUACAUAAUAAAUCAGAUUCUUUUAUAUAUUUUGAGAAUAAAUUUCUGUCAUUAUUAUAA